UGUCAGCGUUGUCACCGUUAAACAGUCGUGUUUAUCCAUCGUAAAAUGUGUUAUUGGUUAUAAAAAAAUGGGCUGUUGUCAUAACACAACCGUUGCCGUAUAUUGAAAAAAUAGCGCGCGCGAAAUCCGUCGUUUUUUCAAAUAUAACGUAGGUUCGGGUGGCAAUUCGCAUAAAUGCGUACGCUCGGUCAUCAAAAAUUAAACGCGAAAAACGAUGCGACGGAAAUUCUGGUGGGUUUUCCAGUUGGCGCUUUGCAGCUACCUGGAAAUCGUGGUCGCCGAUCCGAUCACCGAACUGGCGAAAGAAAUUGACGACCGGCUCUUGAUUUUUACGACCCUCGACGGCACGUUGGCUGCCGUCGAGAAGUACUCGGGAGAGAUAAAAUGGAAAAUCAAGAACAAACCCGUGAUUCAAGUGCCGUUGGACACGUCCAAUGCGGUAAUCCCGAUAUUCCUACCGGAUCCGAGGGACGGCUCCUUGUACCUAAUGGGAAAUAUGGGCGAUUCGUUAAAAAAGCUGCCCUUCAAUAUCCCUCAGCUGGUGUCUUCGUCGCCUUGUCGAAGUUCCGACGGAAUUCUAUACACAGGUAAAAAAAAGGACACUUGGUACAAAUUGGACCCCAAGACAGGCGACAAGGAACAGGUCCUCGGGUGGGGCGAUUACAGCCCCACGUGUCCCGUCAAAGUUGAUAAUUUCGUGUAUAUCGGCCGAACCGAGUACAACAUAAUGAUGGUGGACACCAGCAAGGCCCAGAGAAAGUGGAACGUCACUUUUUACGACUACACGGCCGCGUCGAUGGCCCCCGACGAAAUAAGCCGCUACGAUUUGGUCCACUUCACAUCGACUUCGAGUGGCAAAACGCUGACUUUGGACCGUAGGCGGGGUAAUUUGCUGUGGGAAGGCGACCUCGGUAGUCCCGUGGUGGGCGUGUACGUUUUGACAGACGACGGAUUGCUUAAGGUGCCGUUCACGAGUCUGUCAAAUUCGACGCUAUACCAUUUGGCCCACGAGAUCGCGUUGCACAGUAGCCUGGUGGACAAUCCGAACCACAUGAAACUCUACCCGACCUUAUACAUAGGGGAGCACUGCCACGGUCUUUACGCGAUCCCAUCUCUCGUCGACCAAAACGCGAUCACCAUAACCGCGUCGGAUUCCGGUCCGUUACUGUUAAGCGGCCCGAAUGCCCCCAGACAGCCGACGCUGUAUACGGAACACCCGCUCCCCGGGUACGACUACCAACUGCCCAAGGAUUUGGUCAAAGAUGGCGGUAUCGAUUAUCAAAGUCUGCCCAAUUUUGACAAUCGCAUCGUCAUCUUCAAGGGGCACUAUAACGUGCCCAACUAUAGCAAGGCGAAUUUCGUGGGGCCCAACAAGCCGACCGCUCACGUGCCCCUGAUUACCGACGAGAGUACCGCCGCGCAGUACCCGGUACCCGAUCGGCCGGGGGUCAAGUUCGUCAAAGUCAAAAUACAGAACCGCGUGGGCAACAUCACCGGCUGGUUCAAGCUGACCUACAAGGGGAUGAAACAGUGGAUCAACCAGCAGGACAACAAGGGGCUGAAGCUCGCGCUGAUCGUCAUGACCGGGAUGGUGUUCGGCAUGUUCUGGUACCUUUUGAUGCAGGUACGGGAGGUGCAAAACAUGUCGCAGAACGGGUCGAGGGGUAACGCGCAGGGCACGUUCGGUCGAAACGGCCAGGUGACCGCCUUCUCCGAGGAAUUGCCCGGCGGCCUGGUCAAGGUGGGCAAAAUCGUGUUCCAUCCGGAGCAGUUACUCGGCAAGGGGUGCGAGGGCACGUUCGUCUACAGGGGCGAGUUCGACAAUCGCAGGGUGGCGGUGAAACGGUUACUGCCCGAGUGUUUCACGUUCGCGGACCGCGAGGUGGCGCUGUUGCGCGAAAGCGACGCCCACCCGAACGUCAUCCGGUAUUACUGCAUGGAACAGGACCGCAUGUUCCGGUACAUCGCGCUGGAACUGUGCCAGGCGACGCUGUCCGAGUACAUGCAGGGCCAAUGCGACGUGACGUCCAUCACGCCCCUGGAUAUACUGAAGCAGGCCACUUCCGGAUUGGCUCAUCUGCACUCGCUCGAUAUCGUCCACAGGGACAUAAAGCCGCACAACGUGCUAAUCUCUGUGCCGAAUAGCCGCGGCGAAGUGAAAGCGAUGAUCUCCGACUUUGGUCUGUGCAAAAAGCUGCAGGUGGGCAGGGACUCAUUCUCGAGACGCUCGGGAGUGACGGGCACGGACGGCUGGAUCGCACCCGAAAUGAUGAACGGCGACGGCCGCACGACGGCGGCGGUGGACUUGUUCUCGCUCGGUUGCCUCUACUAUUACGUGCUAUCGGACGGAUCCCACCCGUUCGGUGACGUCCUACGACGUCAGGCCAACAUCCUAAUGGGCGAGUACGAUCUGUGCGAGCUACGCGGCGAACACUGGGAAACGGAACUUCGCAAACCGCUACUAGAGGCGCUGCUAUCUUCCGAUCCGGAACAGAGACCCUCGUGCGGCACAGUGCUCGCCCACCCCAUGUUCUGGACGAGCCAGAAGAUUUUGGCGUUUUUCCAGGACGUGAGCGACCGCGUCGAGAAGGCGGAGUCGGACGACAGGGUACUGCAGGCGCUGGAGGCGAACGGUGCGCCUGUCGUGAAACUCGAUUGGCGCGCCCACAUCCACGAGGAGGUGGCCAAAGACCUGCGCAAAUACCGCACCUACAGGGGCGAAUCGGUGCGCGAUUUGCUGCGCGCGCUGCGCAACAAGAAGCACCACUUCCGGGAACUGACGCGCGAGGCGCAGCGAUCGCUCGGCGAGAUCCCGGACGCGUUCACCCGCUACUGGACCGGGAGAUUUCCGUUGCUGCUCGCGCACGCGUGGGUCUCGAUGCAGUGCGUCGCGAGGGAGAACGCGUUCGGGAAUUAUUACGACCCGACGUACCGGUACUCGUCGGACAGGUUCCGGCAGCAGGUUAACAGGUACGUGGGGGCGUACCCGUUGACGUCGCCCGGUGACGUCAACCUCAACCAUUUCGAGAAGAAAAGAAACGACGCGGAUACCUUCAAGGGUUACGGGACGAAGAACGAGGGAGGUUUGUACAGAAACUUGAGCCCCAGGACGGUGGACGCUGGAGAUAUACACGUCAACGUGGACGCGACGCAGCCCUCGAGGCAGGCGACGACGAGGCGGGGCGGGUUCGGCCUCGCGUACCGCCGUUUCGGCAAAAGGAAGAAGAAGGCGGACGAGCCGCUGCUGUGGGCCAUUAGGGACGACAAGUAGCACCUCCGUACUCGUGUUUUUAGGUUAAGUUUCAACGCACUUUACUGUGAUAUGUGCCUUUUUAAAUUUACACACGCGCACGCACGCAUCGUGUAUUUUUGUCUUUUUAAGUUUUUGGGUGAGCGGCAUGGCGGACCAAAUAAAUUAUUUUAAGU